AUGGAUUUCAAGCUGUAUUCUCAGUUGGUUUUCUUGCUUUUUUGCGCCUUUUUGCUGGUCCAGGUUUCAGCUGGUGGUUUUCUUACUUUGUUGCCUUUUAUGGAUCAUGGAUGGACUCCUUGCGCUAUUUUCAUGGCCCACUCUCUGCUGUCUAGUGCUGUUUCUGUUGGUGCUCAAUUGGUUCAGUGCAGCUGGUUUCAGUUGUUUUCUCAGGUGGAUUUCAGCUCUUCUGGUGGAUUUAAUGGUGCUCAUCGGUCCAGCUCAGCUGGUUUUAAUGCUUCUCCAGCUCGUUUUCCAGCCGUUUUUCAUGCUUUUGUGCCCAUUCAGCUGAUCCUUUGCGCCUUUGACAUAUGUAGAAGUUUUCUUUGCCUUUUAUUUUGA